AGGUUGUCAGAAGACACAGGAUAAAAAAAAUGCACAGGUUGUUGUUGUUGUUGUUGCGGUUCUUCCUUCCUCGUUCUGUAGACAUGUCCAGCCUGCGCGUGCGAGUUCCCUUUCUGAAGGUACAGCUGGACAGUUGUUUGAACUUCAGUAAUAUUGUUCAGUAUUGAACCCUGACCACUGCACACUUUCUGAUUUGACUUAUUUCUAAAAGUAAUUUUAACUACUUUCAUGAAAGGAGCAUGGAACCCAUCUUGUUUUCUGUGUCUUUGAGAAACAUGAAGAUUGCAGAAGAUCAGGUUUCUGCACUUAAACCUUCUCAUGAACCUCCUGGAUGCGCUUCACUUCACUAGCUUUUGAAGACGUGAAGCGCUGCCAUGGCGAGCGACAUUGUCCUGCUGAUGAAGGGUCUGGCGAGGCUGAGUCAGGCGGUGCUGGAGACCCAGGCCAGCUCUCUGAGCCGCGGAGGAAGCGUGCAGAUGACGGCCGAGCAGGCCAUGAGCGUGGCCAUGCAGAAAAUCCAGGAGUUCACAGGCCAGCAGCAGAGCUCCACCGACUUCAGCUCAGGGUUAGACGAUAAGUACGAUUUCUCCAGCGAGGAGGGCCACGGCGAGGACGUGAUGCAGAGAGAGCAGUCUGAUCACGGCGGUGCAGGACAUCUCGGAACGUCUCAGCACUCGGCGUUCAGAUCCAAGGUGUUCGAGAACUAUCAGGAUCCGACGAAGCAGUUCACGGGAACUCGCUCGUAUCACCAGGAUCACUCGUCUGUAGGCGGACUCACGGCCAAAGACAUUAACAAAGCCCGGGAGGCCAAGCGGAGCAUCAGCAAACCGCAUAAACAAAUGCUGAGUGAAAGAGCGAGAGAGCAAAAGGUUCCUGUGACACGGCUGGGAAGACUGGCUAAUUUUGGCGGUCUCGCAGUGGGUCUCGGGAUCGGAGCGCUGGCUGAGGUGGCCAAGAAGAGCCUGCGUCCAGAGGAAAAGAACGGAGACAAAAAGGCGGUUCUGGACUCCAGUCCGUUCCUGUCCGAGGCCAACGCCGAGCGCAUCGUCCGAACGCUGUGUAAAGUGCGCGGCGCGGCCCUCAAGCUAGGGCAGAUGCUCAGCAUUCAGGACGACGCCUUCAUCAAUCCUCACCUGGCGAAGAUCUUUGAGCGUGUCCGUCAGAGUGCAGACUUCAUGCCCAUCAAGCAGAUGACGAAAGCUCUGAAUAAUGACCUGGGCCCAAACUGGAGGGACAAACUAGAGAUGUUUGAGGAGAGACCCUUCGCCGCUGCGUCCAUCGGACAGGUUCAUCUGGCCAGAAUGAAGGACGGACGAGAGGUAGCCAUGAAGAUCCAGUACCCCGGAGUGGCGCAGAGCAUCAACAGUGACGUGAACAACCUGAUGACAGUCCUCAGCAUGAGCAACGCCCUGCCUGAUGGUCUGUUUCCUGAGCACUUGAUUGACGUGAUGCGGCGAGAGCUGGUGCUGGAGUGCGAUUAUCUCCGAGAGGCAGAGUGUGCUCGCAAAUUCAAGAAGCUCUUGAUAGAUCAUCCCUUCUUCUACGUUCCUGACGUGAUUGACGAGCUGAGCAGCCAGCAUGUUCUUACCACCGAGAUGGUCCAAGGCUUCCCGCUGGAUCAGGCUGAGGGACUCUCACAGGAGCUGAAAAAUGAGAUUUGUAAGAACAUCCUGGUUCUCUGCCUGAGAGAGCUCUUUGAAUUCCAGUACAUGCAAACAGACCCCAACUGGUCCAACUUCCUGUAUGACCCACAAACCCACAAGGUUGCUUUGCUGGACUUCGGUGCAACCCGAGGUUUCGACGAAAGCUUCACAGACAUCUAUAUAGAGAUCAUUAAGGCAGCUGCAGAUGGAGACGGAGAAGGUGUACUGAAGCACUCGAUAGAAAUGAAGUUCCUCACCGGAUUCGAGUCGAAGGCGAUGGAGAAAGCCCACAUAGAUGCAGUGAUGAUCCUGGGUGAGGCCUUCGCCUCGGACGAGCCGUUCGAUUUCGGCGCUCAGAGCACCACCGAGCGCAUUCACAGUCUGAUCCCGGUCAUGCUGAAGCAGCGGCUAACGCCUCCUCCUGAGGAAACCUACUCACUGCACCGUAAAAUGGGUGGCUCCUUCCUCAUCUGCUCACGUCUGAACGCCAAGAUCAGCUGCAAAGACAUGUUCCAGCAGGCUUACAGCAAUUACUGGAGCAAGCGGCAGAAGGCAACUAGUCAGUGAGCAACUGCAUGGGGCAGACCACGUGAGUCAGGAGUCCGACGGCGCAGCGCAGUGUCUAAUAAAAUAAGCUUUUUUUUACGCUUUUAAGGCUCACCGUAUCUGCUGAGCCUGAAUCAUAUAUGCAGUUGAUUCUGGUUUCGGGAAUUUAUUAUUCAUUAUUAUCUGGUUAGUCCUCUUCUGACCUUCUGACAGCAUUCCUACGCUGUCCUUCAGGGGGAUGUGGUCACUGUAACAAAACGUGCCUAUGCCAUGUGGCUUUCAGUAAUAGGGACAUUUUACUGUAACAGGAAACAGUAGAAGUGUUUAUUUGAUAACUAUUCCAGGAUGUGUGUCUGUUUGCUGAAUCACAUUUGAUUUUUCUAGCAUAUCUUCAGACCGUGAUAUCAUACAUCACAAACAAGGUUUGUUUUCUUUCUUAAAUGUGUGAUUUUUGCGUAAAAAUACAAUAUUUUGUCCCAAAUCGCACUUAGGUACUAAUCUACACCAUAGUGUAGCAUAGAAAAUUCCAAGAAGAAGAAGUACUUGGAUGAUUCAAGUGUGGACACUUCAUGCACUCACAGCUUUGCUUACGUAGCGAAAAAGAGGUGGGGCUAUGAGGCGCUGAUGCUAGCUGAUACAUCUUAUAAUUGUCUGUUAAAUUAGCUCACGCUGUUAUUUUUUUUUUUUUUUUACUAUUUUAAAAAUAUUCUGCUGAAGCCAGCAGUGUCGCAUUAUGUGACUUUGACAUCAGCUUCUACUUCCUGUUAGUAAAAAAACGCCAGUGAUCCAUUUGAUACGGUGCGACCCUGCUAACCUGCGUGCACUGGACGCUAGAGUAGUGUCCACACCGCAUAGUUUAAGCGCGUGUAGUGUAGUGUAGUACAUCAUUUGGGACUCAGCUAAAGUCAGGACCAGGCCGAGGCUCUACAGAGACUGUGUUAUGAUAUCCUCAAUGCGCACACAUUUGGCCAGUAAUGUCAAAAAAUAUCUAUUUUUGUACCCUUUAAAAAAGUGUUUAUCAUGUGAGUGUGUUUUAUUUCUUUGCAGUUAGUCUGUAUAACAAUUGAUCAGGCUGUGUGGUGCAUCAGUAUCAGUAUGAGAUGUAACUCUGAUUUGUUCCACAUUUUCACGUCCUGGUUAAUUUAUAAAUGACAGAUGAUUGUUAAGUGACUGAAUUUUUUGCUGUGGUUGAUAAUGUGCCUAUAAUACUGAGAAUAUUUUAGUAGAAACUAAACUCUCGAGCAAUCAGUUUUUAAUAUUUUUCCAGUGGUGUUGAUAAACUUGUGAGAAAUUUCAUAUCAUAAAAAGAUUUCUAUGCAAAAGA